AAUGAUUAUUUUGUAGCGUUUACUAAUUACUGCAAAAAUCAUUUUGGAAUUCGAUUAUUAGGUAUGAGUGCUGCUUCCGCGACUGGGUUUUGGAAGCGACUUUGGAACUCGCCUACUGGUCCAAAAACUACGCACUUCUGGGGUCCUGUUGCUAAUUGGGGUUUUGUCCUCGCCGGAUUGGUGGAUAUGUAUAAACCCACAGAAUAUGUCUCCGUUCCGAUGACUAGCGCUCUUUGUCUUUACAGUGGUCUAUUUAUGCGUUUUGCGUGGAGAGUUCAACCGAGGAACUAUCUGUUGUUUGCCUGUCACUGUUCCAAUGAGACUGUUCAGUUAUAUCAACUCCAAAGGGCUCUUGGAGGAAUUGACUUGUUAGACACUGAGAAAGUUUCUGAAUAAAACAACAAUUUAAAAGAGAUGAACUACUUGGAUUUUAUACAUGUUGUUAUAUUUCUAUAUCUAGUUGAAAUCCAACUACGAACAAAUAUAACUAA